UCAGCCGUCAAAAGUGAAAAGUAAUGGGAAACAAGAAUCACAUCAUCUUUUGGAUUCCAUGCAGCAGAUCAGCCCAACGAGAACAGAAAUCCAAAACUGAGUCGACAUACAAUGGCGUACAACUUUAUCAUUUUCCUGUUUUUUCUGUGCAACCUGGCUGUGGCGCUCACUGAGAACGCAGUGUCUUGCUACAGGAUCGAGCCGGGGACAAUAGCAGGCAUCAUCUGUGCUGAUGUGCUGCUGACCCUUAUCAUUGUCAUUGUCACCUACCGAUGUGCCAGUUUAAGGCAUCAGAAGAGAGAAAGUGCUGACAAAGUGUAUAUGAAUGUCCGGGCCAACUGCAAGAACUAAUUUUAAAAUGAAAUUACAUUCAGUUUCUUAGAUCCUGUUUAGUGUAUUGCAAGAUGUUAGAACUCUUUUGCAAUAAACACAACUGUCUAAAACA